AUGCACAAAAUUGGAAAUCAAAGUUAUAAUUUCCAGAUUGAUUUCACUUGCUGUACAUUACCAUUUGGCUGCGUCUCGUUAAAGGUCUCACUUCCGCGAACGGCGUUCCGAUUAGGAGAAACCAUUGAAGCUCAAGUUACUGUAAAUAACCGAGCACGUAAAGGGCUGAAAGAGUGUGCUCUCCAGCUGGUGAUGAAAACUCAGUUUGAAGCGAUGAGUAGGUAUGAGCACGUCAAUGAGAAGAAGUUGAGCGAACACUUGAUCGAAAUGGUUCCAUUGGGAAAAGUCAAAGCUCGACACAAAGAGGUUUUUGCCAAGUGCGUUAUUCGGGUUCCCGACGGCGCUCCACCAACGCAGAACUACAAUCGAGACGGCGGAGAUACCGCUAUCAUUGCCAUUCACUAUGUGCUGAAAUUCACUGCCUUACCCGGUACGUUAACCCAAUCUUACUUUGACAUUUGA